ACAUUUUCGCGCUCCAACUUAAGUCGGUUAAGAACAAAGGUGUUCGGACGCCAGAUGACCUGAGUGAAAAGCCGGCCGGGAAAAACAGGUUAUUUCAAAAAACGUCAGUCUUUUCAGUGGGAUAAGUGGAGCUGCUGCAGCUAAACAGUGGCUCCUUCCGUCAGGGUGCAACGCGCAUGCUCGCCCCGGUGAACCCCCCGACGUUUGAAAGGAUGGCGGCGGACGGUCUGCUGAUAACUGAGCAGUGGAUACGAGAAAGGCUGCAGCUGCAGCACAGAUGCUUGGCGGAUGUCAGAUCACUGUCUCUUCCAGGGUCCUAUGACGUGAAGAUCGCCCAUGUGGGAAACUCUCUAAAGAACUUUGUUCAUUUAAAGAAUCUCGACCUUUCUCGGAAUGCGCUGGUCUCGAUAGAGGGGAUACAACACUUAAAGAAGCUUGAAAAGCUUAACCUCUAUUACAACUGCAUACCUUCCUUGAAAGCCAUCUUUACCCUCCGGAAGCUGACUGCAUUGAAGGAGCUGGAUCUCCGGCUCAACCCUGUGACAAAAAAUGACCCAGAUUAUCGUCUCUACAUUGUUCAUAUGUUGCCCAACCUUAGAAAACUGGAUGAUCACCCUGUGAGGGACAGCGAACGCAAAGCUGCUGUCAUGCAUUUUACUUCAGAGCAAGCUUUUGAACACCAGCAUGGUUCUUCAUCUUCCUCAGAGUCCAGUGUGCAGAGGUCCGGUCUUAAGAGGGCAUCCUCUGUAAGGCUCUUCUGUAAAAAACGCUCUGUCCUUGAUGAAGAUGACGAAGCAGUGCUAAACCUUGUUGCCAAGAGUAACUGGGACUUGAGUAAACCUGCCGGCCUGACGGGUUCCACUAAGAAAGUCCCAGAAGUCGAGCUUUAUCGCUUACGGGGUUACCAUGGGCAAGAUACCCAUUAUUCGAAUGGCUGUCAUCCUUCUGAAGAAAGUACCAUGUUAAAACAGGAUUCACCAACAUCAAUCCUCAGAAAGCAACCGGAAAUGAAAGAAAAUCAGCCUCAGGCCACUGUUUCCUCUCCAAGACGUGCACCUUUGAGCAGUGUAAAAGGAAGUGAGGGUAUGAGGGUGACAUUUGCAGAACCCAAGUCGAAGGACAGCCAUUCUGCCCGUCAAUGGGAAUUUGAAGAUAAGGCCAAGCCUGGCUACAGUGUUACAGUCCAGGGACACUUCACGCCACACCCAGCAGGACCAAUCAGCCCUGGAAUGGAAAACAAGACAACGACUUCCUCAAAAACUCGUCCUUCCUCCUCUGUGACCUCUGCCGUUCCUCGAUCUCCAGCUGCUUCUCGCAGCCGAAAGACUGCCCACAGGGGAAGACGUGCCACCCCCAGUGUUGAGGGCUUACCUGAUUCAUUACCAUGUCAGAAAACGCCUCUGCAGUCUUCUCAUGGACCAGAACAAAGCUGCCAUUCUGCAGAGGGCGCAGCAAGUACUGAACAAGUAACACAAUAUGUGGUUCAUCUUCCAGUUGUCAGAAAAACAAUGCAUUCAGAACCCUUGGAAUUACUUUUGGAUCAAGUGGAUAAGUUCUGGAAUGGUAAAGGGUCUCUGCACUGCAAUGAAAACUUCCUGACCAAAGCUGUUCAGAUUCUGUCACUACUGGGGCCAUCUAAGGAACAAGACAGCACUGGACUGGAAGAUGAAAUGAAGAAGGUAAAAGAAGACAACCAACCUCUGUCUACUCAGAUAGAACAACAGGAGCAGGGAUAUCACUUGAAGAUACAAAACCUGACUACCCAGCUGAGCCAGGCACGGAAUACUAUUGACACAUUGGAUAAACAAUUAAAAGACACUUUGGAAGAGAAUGUGUCCCUGCACAAGCAGCUUAUUAAAAUGGAGCAAAAAUUGUUAAACGGUAAACAUUGCGAUGAAUCAAAGUUUGAACUUCUUGAGCACCAGAACAACAAUCAGAACCUUAGGAGAGAGGUUGAAGGGCUGAAACAGAAGUUACAGCACUUCGAAAGGGUUCAGGAGAUCGCAUUGAUGUUGCAAGAAAGCCACCGAUCCUUAGUUUCAACCAACAAGUGUCUGUUAGCAGAGCUGGAAGACACUCGAUCCCGUCACAAGGCUGAGGUUGAGCAGCUGCACUUCAGCUAUAAGGAGCUGAAAAAAAUUCUGGGUAGCGUAUCCAGUCUCACAGCUGAGACAAAGACCGCUCUGUCAGUCUAACACAUGCACACCAUUACUUUUAGCUGUAAAUAUAGUUUGUUAUAUAAACCUUAUUUUAUUGUGUAAAUAAUACAGGUAGUCCACUGCAGUUCAAAAUGUAUUUAUUUGUUGUCAUAUAACUGUUUUAUAAGAAAACUUGUUUGUAGUUACACGUUAAACUUUUGAUAUAUCGAUACUGAGAAAUAUGCUGUUGCCUUUGACAAUUGUUUGUCUCCGCUAUGUGGAAGAAUUGUAGAAUAAAUUAGGUACAAAAUGU